CGGUUCUUGUUUUGGGGUGCUGUGGACGCAGAGACGCACACACAGUUUCCUCAGCUGGGAAAAUGCGCAUCGAAAAAUGUUAUUUCUGCUCGGGACCGGUGUAUCCCGGCCAUGGAGUAAUGUUUGUAAGGAACGACUGUAAGUCGUUUAGAUUCUGCAAGUCAAAAUGCCACAAAAACUUCAAGAAGAAGCGUAACCCAAGAAAAACCAGAUGGACCAAGGCAUUCAGAAAGGCAUCAGGAAAGGAGUUGACAGUGGAUAAUGCUUUAGAGUUUGAGAAACGCAGAAACACCCCGGUUAAAUACAGCAGAAAGCUCUGGGACAAGACAGUGGAAGCGAUGAAGAGGGUGGAAGAAAUCAAACGGAAACGACAGGCCAGAUUUAUCAUGAACAGAUUAAAGACGGGCAAACAGUUGGAGAAAGAAGAGGCCAUCACCGAAGUGAAGAAAAAUAUUCACCUUAUCAAAGCACCACAUGCAGGAAAAGCGAAACAAAUGGAAGACAAAAUGGUGCAGAAGUUACAAGAGGAUGUGGACAUGGGAGAUGAAGAGAAUUGAUCUUCUAACAAAGCUUUUCUUUUUGUGUGUGAGCACAUUGACUGUAUUAUUUUGUACUUCCGCUUUAGAGUUACAUUUCCAAGUGGCUGAUUAUGACACGGAAAUGCAUUCGGUUUUGAAAUGCUGCAUGAGGACUGAAAGCAUUGAUGUAACAAAGAUCUUCCUCUAAUACAGAAGCCGUUAACCACAUAUAUCGCAGUAGGUUUGUGGUAGUUGAAGCUGUAGAGAAAUUACUCUAUCUGCUGCAUUGUAAAUUGUUAAAACUAAAUGCAGAAAAACAACACAAAUUAAAAUCCCUCUAAGUGAA